UGUGCUGAGGACACUGGCCGCCCUCUGCACAGCUGGAGCCGAGAGGGGACCCCAUGGCCCCCACCCUCGCGGCCCUGCUCUGCCUCGGGCUGAGUGUGGGCCUGAGGACCCCAGUGCAGGCAGGUCCCCUGCCCAAGCCCACCCUCUGGGCUGAGCCAGGCUCUGUGAUCCCCCGGGGGAGCCCUGUGACCAUCUGGUGUCAGGGGACCCGAGGGCCUCGGGAGUAUCAGCUGGUUAAAGAGGGAAGCCAACUGCCCUGGGACAGACAGAAGCCACUGGAACCCGGGGACAAGGCCAAGUUCCCCAUCCCACAGAUGACAGAGCUACAUGCAGGGACAUAUCGCUGUUACUAUCUCAGCUACACUGACUGGUCAGAGCCCAGUGACCCCCUGGAGCUGGUGGUGACAGGAGCCUACAGCAAACCCAGCCUCUCGGCCCUGCCCAGCCCCGUGGUGGCCUCAGGAGGGAACGUGACCCUCCAGUGUGGCUCAGGGCAGGGAUUUGACAGGUUCAUUCUGACUAAGGAAGGAGACCACAGGCCCCCCUGGACCCGGGACUCACAGCCACAGCCCGGUGGGAAGUCCCAGGCACUGUUCCCCGUGGGCCCCGUGACCCCCAGCCACAGGUGGACCUUCAGAU